UCGCACCGCCUCUCCGUCGCGCCGAUGCUCGACUGCACGGACGCGCACUUCCGCGCCGUCUGCCGGUCGUUCUCGCGCCGGACGCACCUCUGGACGGAGAUGAUCCACCAAGACGCCGUCAUCCACUCGCACGCCUCGCGACCGGAGAUGCUCGGGCACGACGCGUCGGAGCACCCGCUCACGGUCCAGCUCGGCGGGAGCUCCCCGGGAAGGCUCGCGCGCGCGGCGGAGAUUUGCGACGCGGCGUAUGGAUACGACGAGGUGAAUCUCAACGCGGGGUGCCCGUCCGCCAAGGUGACGAGCAAGAGCGACGCGGAGAAGUGCUUCGGCGCGGUCUUGAUGCGCGACCCGGAGCUCGUGGGGGAGUGCCUUCGAAGGAUGCGCGAGGCCGUGGACGUCCCGGUCACGCUGAAGCACAGGCUCGGGGACAACUACGCGUACGUCUCCGACUUCGUUCAGAGAGUACACGAGCUGUCCGGGGUGACGCACUUCAUCGUGCACGCGCGCGCCGCGGUGCUCGGCGGGCUCUCCCCCGCCGCGAACCGGUCGAUACCACCGCUGCGGCAUCGCGAAGUCCACGCGCUCGCGUCCGAUUUCCCGAAGCUCGGAUUUUCGCUCAACGGCGGCGUCGAAACCGUCGACGACGCCGUUCGACACCUCUCGUCCGGGAAGUUGAAAGGCGUCAUGCUCGGUCGCGCGGUGUACAGAGACCCGACGAUCCUGCACGACGUCGACGCGCGCGUGUACGGGGACGAG